CUCUUCAGAUAAAUUCCUAAAAGUUGGGAAAUUUUGACUUUGGCUAUAAAUUCCAAUUACAUGGCUAAUGGUUCAAGAUUGAAACUAUUUUUAAGCAAAAGCGUAAUGUUGAGAUUGUGUUCUGGCGAUAUACGAAAAGUCCCAUUUUUUUGGCAGAUUAAAUGUGCUUCCGUCUGUUUUUAUACCCUUGCAGGGGGUAUAAUGAUUUCAGUCAGAAGUUUGCAACGCAGUGAAGGAGACGUUUCCGACCCCAUAAAGUAUAUUCUUAAUCAACGUCACAAGACGAGUCGAUCUAGCCAUGUCCGUUCCUACGCAAACUAGUCUCUCAAUUUUAAAGCUAUGGGGCUGAAACUUUUCCAAAACUCUUUUUUCUAUUGCAGGCAGUAUAUAAGUCGGAGCCAGCCGGAUCGGACAACUAUCUUUUGUAGCUCGGGGGAAAAAAAAAUGAUUAGCAAUGUCGAAUUCCAAGUAUUUUGGGUCAUAUACUUUUUUGAUUUCAGCACGGGUAUAAAAGGCAAAGUGAUUGAAAGCUCAAAAUCAUGUAUAUUUCAACAUUUGACGAAUAAUAAACAUGUUUCGUGGACCGAAAGUUUAUAUUUGCUUCCUGCUUCAGCCCCUUUUCUUGGCUCACUUUGCUGAAUCUGCAUUUGCGCCAUGCCAACCGGAUGAGGAAUGUAUCGGAUUGAGUACUUGUUACCCACUCAUGAGGAUUCUAAGGCCCCGGGGAAUGACGGCAGCUGAGAUGGAAGUAUUUCGAAACCGACAGUGCGGCCUAGACAGCAAGGGACCUGCAUUGUUGCACAGAGUUUCAGUCUGCUGCCCGAAGAGAGGUGAUGUCCUGCCAAAUAGCCAGAUCUGCGGCCAAACGCCGCCCGCUUUCCAUGUUACAGCUGGAGAGGAGGCACCUCUGAAUGGGUUCCCCUGGUUGGCCGCGCUAUUAUAUGCGAACCCUCGCAGUCCUGCGCAGGACACUGUCUGCAAGUGCGCGGGAUCCUUGAUCACCAAUCGCUACGUGCUCACCGCAGCCCAAUGUGUGAACAUAAAUGGCUUACAGCUUCGAGGGGUCCGCCUUGGAGAACAUGACACGACCUCAAAUCCAGACUGCAUCACGCUUAUGAGUGGAAGGAAGAAAUGCGCUUCUCCGCACCUGGAGAUCAACGUGGAGCAGGCCGUGAAGCACGAACAUUACCUUGUCACAGGGGGGAAGCACUACAACGACAUCGCCCUGCUGCGACUCCAAUUUCCGGUGAGGUACACGAAUCAAAUCCUACCCAUUUGUAUUUUGCCCACCGAUCACUUCUCGAAUCCCUCCUUCGAAAACUACAAUUUGCAAGUCGCUGGCUGGGGAAAUUCCCAUUUGCACACUUCUAGCAAUGUUCUAUUGCAAGCUUACGUCCAAGGAAGCAAUCCGGAUGAGUGUUCAAGAAGGUUCCCAUCCCUAGGGAUCGACAAGGAGACCCACAUAUGCGCAGGUGGCCAGGACGGAGUGGACACCUGCAAGGGCGACUCUGGCAGCCCGCUGAUGGCCACAAUGGGAUGGGGCGUGGACGAGUUCGUAUAUUUGGCUGGGAUCACCUCCUACGGCUUUGGCCAGUGCGGGGAUGGGCCAGCAGCUUACACAAAAACUUCAAGCUAUGUCAGCUGGAUACGGAGGAACAUGUGGUGA